AUGCGGUCCCGGAAGAUCGCCCUAUGCGUGGGCGUGUGGUCCUCGCGGGAGAACCACUACGCGUGGACGUUCACCAAGAAGAGGCUGCUGCAGGACCAGCAGCGGCCGUCGCAUGAGGACCAGCUUCUGAUCGUCCACGUGAAGAAGGCCAAGGACCCAUGCCAGUGGCGCGUGGGCGGGCCGGCUCUCCCGGACGUCACGUCCGCCCUGCAGGAGCUCCGCAACAGCUGCACGGUGGUCGAGCUCGAGGGCGACCCGGUCACGGAGCUUUUGAAGUUCGCUCAAGACAGGGAGAUUCACAUCAUGAUACUGGGCUCCAAGGGUCGUAGCCGUGUGAAGCGCACAGUGUCCAAAGGCACAACCGUUCGGGUGGUUCAGCAGGCACCCUGUGCUUGUGUGGUGGUGGGACCCAAGCUGAGUUGUGGUGAGCAUUUUCGAAUUCAAGCUGCCAGACAGCCAGAGGGCAUCGAGCCAAUGAUGCAGUUUGGUCGGCGGGUAGCCAUUGUCCUGAACGCCGGCCCCUUCGACCCGAACAUCGUCCAGUACGCUGCAAGAAAUGUGCUGCUGGCCGGCGACCGUGUUGUCCUUGUCCGCUGCAUGUCCAAGGAGGUGCUGAAGCGCAGCUCCAAACAGCAGCCUGAGCAGGAGCGCGACAAUGUUCGAGAGAUUGGGCGCAACAAGCUGAGUGGUGCACAAGGUGUUGCAAUGGCUGUUGAGGUGCUCAAGGGAGGGCUGAAGAUGAUUUGCAAUUUUGUCGAGUCCAAGGGGAUAGACCUUGUGGUGAUGGCCAGGGAGCAGAAGCUUCUGGUUCGGAGGUCGCUGUCUGGCAUAGGCUCAGGACCGCCUCCACUGAGCGCCCUGUACCAUCGCUCUCCCUGCCCCUGCAUGAUCGUGCCCAUGGAGUGCCUCCAGUACGACUGGUCCAGCUCCUCCAGAUCCUCGGCAGUGAGCAGCCAGCGCGACCCACUGUCCUCCUCUUCCCAGUCCCGCAUCAACGCCUUUGGGCGGCAGGUUGCCACCCCGAUCGCCAGCCGCCUCAGGAGCUUUGGCUCGCGCCAAGGCAACCUGAAGAGCCUACUGACAUCAAAGUCCGGUGGGCAGCUGCUGUUGGGCCAGCCGCCCACCCACCAAAGUGCGACGAUCGACAAUGCCCUGAUUGGCCGAUCGUCCGGGGCGAGCAUGGAUUCCACGCAGAGUGUGCUGGAGGUUAUACGCGAUGAGGAGAUCGAGUUGGAGGCAAUCGAGGAGCUUGAUUUGGAUCAGGCCGCCGAGCUGGACAAGGGUGAGGGCAUGACACCCAGGAAUUAUGAGAUGUCCCCUCAUGACAAGGGCGAGGGCACGACACCCAGGGGCUAUGAUGUUUCCCCUCUGGCAUGCCACCAAGGUCAAGACCAAGAGGGAGGAGAUGAUGGGGAGAGGUCUUUGGCAGGGGUGCCUUCUGGGCCUGUCCCUGAUGAGAUGCCAUCAGAGUCGCAACAGGCCAGCCCAGGGCCCCGGGCUGAGGGCGCAACACCGCGUCGCCGCUCUGCCAGGCCUCGCAGGAUGGAUAGCAGCAGGUCAGAGGGGUCACUGGAUUUCAGCAUCGACCCAGGUGCCAUGGGCGACGUUGUCAAUGCUUUGAAGCAGCAGCUGGCAAAGAAGGACGAAGAGAUCCUGCUGUUGAAGGAGCAGAUCAGCAAAAUGUCGACUGGCUGA